UGCUAGGCCUCUGGGGCAGAGACACAACCAACAGUACUAGGAUCACAAAGCUCACCCCCCUAAGUGCAACAGCAGAGGAAAGACAGCCAUGUGAGUUAUGGGGGUUAUGGGGCAGGGAGGGGAUAAGCAACUAUUUGAUUGGGAAAACAUAAGCAAGCAAACCUAGUUAUUGGAUCCCAUUAUUUUGGUGGUGUCAGUAGUGAGGAAGAAUAACUUAAGAGACCAUUUUGAAGUGGUGGUGCUUCCUAUGUGUUACUGUGCUUGCCUUUACAACAAUCCUGUAACACAGCCAGCAGUGGUUGUUGCUCAUUGGGGCUGGUGGAGCAGAAGGGCUGGACACCAGUAGGAGUAGCAGGAGCUCGAGCCAAUGACAGGCAGAGAGAAAUAAUUCUGUUUUUGUUCCUAUUCUCAUCCAUGCUGAGUUCUACGAGGGAAACAAUGGGCCUAAGGAGGAGGAAGCUGACAAGCAGUGCCACCCCCUGGGCUGGUUGUCAGUAAGAAGGCAGGCAGGCAAGGUCUUAAUAAUCAUAGAAAAAUAAUCAUAGAAUCGUUGAGUUGAAAGGGACCACAAAGGUCCUCUAGUCCAACCCCGCUGCAACGCAGGCUUGCUGAGGGCAGGCUGGGGCUGGUGGCACAGUACCCCAUUUUCCUAAACAGAAGCCUCCACUGGGUCACUUUUCACCUCCAUUUUAUCCACUUAGAAUAAAGGUGAGAGAAAGUGGCUUAUCUAGGGCUAUGCAAGAAAGAAUUUCAACCCAUCUCCCAGACCAAGUGCAUCAAAUAUCACCUGAAUGUCUGCAUAGGCCAUCUUAAAUGCAACCACACAAAGAGAACUUUGUUUUCAAGCACAAUAUUUGUAAUUGAGUCAAUUUACUUCACACAUUUAGCUGCUAGGCAUAGUGUGGGGGAAAAUGUACAUGCAUGUGUAGACCAGCCUGUGAAUGGAUUUAGAGCCUACCUGGACCUGGGAAGACAAUGCUGGAUCUGGGAGACUUUGUACCUGCUCUAUUAAGGGGAGUUCAACCCCUUCAGAACAGGCUACACAGUUAAUUCCAGGACAUGAGAACCACUUACUCCCAGUGUCUCUGUCUUGUCAGGAUUCAGCUUUUGUUUAUUAUCCCUCAUCCAGAACACUGGCAUAUUAAAUCCCUGUCCAGCCCACAUGGCUCAGAGGAGAGAAACAGGACAGAGUGUUGUCUGCAUUCUGAGGGCACCUCACACCAAACCCUUCUCAUCAUUCUCAUCUUCUCACAACAUUCUUUGCUUCUUUGUGAUACCUGAAUUGUUCUGUGUUUUGAUUAAAUAUUUAAAUGCAUGAAUAAUAAACCAAAUACCACAUGCUUGCUCAAAGUGUUUUGAACAAAAUCUAUUUCUUUUUAGUAGUUAGCUUUUUCCCCAUUAACAGCAUAUUAAAUAUUUUUCUGGGAUGCAUUGUUACAGUGUUUAUUCAAGGUGUUGUAAACUGUCACUGGUCUACUGUUGCAUUUCCACAUAUUCACAAAAUUUGCCAGGUUGCUGCUGUUGGCAUUCUCGUGCAGUUGACAAUAAGUUCAUGACUGAACAUUCACACAACAUAACUGGGACUGUCAGUGCUCCCACAUGACUGGCAAUAACAACAAUUUCUGAUAUUUGCUGCAAUAUAUGCAUAUGGUAGUGAGUUUUAUAGAUGCACUCAUUGUGUGUGUAAUGAAAAGCGUAUCAGUUCCCAAAUAUAUUGGAUAACAAACGUUUAUUGUUGUAUCUCUCCUCCCAUUUCUUCUCAGAUACACGAUCUCAGAUUUUUUUUACCCACACAGGGAAAUUUUAGAAAAGAAAUAUAUGUGAAACAAUAUCAGAAAAGGGGAGGGAGGAAUGUGGAUUUUGCAAUAAGUGAUGCAUACGAAGGAGGAUGGACUGCUGCCCACACAUGUUCAGAGAUAUUUCUUGCAGAAUUCACAUAGAUUUUGCACUCUGAUACCUUGUUUGUAAGUGUAUGGUCAAAACUGUAAUGUUUUAUGCCAUCUCUCUAAGUAGGAAGCUCUCUAGAGCAAUCCUUUUUUUCUGUCAAGGACCUCAUUCUCUCAGGGGUAAAUUGCUGGGGCCUACAUGCCACCAAUGGUUGGUGGUCCACAGCCAAUUAUUGACUGUGCCAGAGCCAAAGUAGGUAGGGCAUCCCCUUUUCUUUCUCACCCCUCUCUGCCAUCCCACAAUUCCAUCCUUGCCAACUGCAUGUAAUUGACCAUAGGCUGCCCACAACAGCUCUAGAUGAAGACUAUAACUGGGAGAGUGACAGGACAACACACAAAGAAGAAUCACACAGGGAGGGGCCUCACAUGCUGCACUUUAAGGUAUAUACCUAGCAUUUUAAUCAACUAUCAUGAAAAGGUAUGAUAUUAAAGUGACUAAAAGUAGGAUGGCAAAAGCAUGCACGCAUCAUAUAGGUACACUGAUCAAGAAGCUACCGUAUUUUUCACUCUAUAACACGCACCUGACCAUAACACGCACGUAGUUUUUAGAGGAAGAAAACAAGGAAAAAAAUAUUCUAAACGAAACAGUGGAUGUAUGUUUUUUGUGGCUCAUGCUGUGGCCACAGACAUGUGAUCUGACAGUGAGUUUGGAGUAGCCCAAUGCAAAAAUCCUGAGGAUCCAUGUGGAUCCAUGCUUUGUAACCACGUUUUUGCACCACUUUAAAGCAUCCUUUAAAGCAAGCAGGCUCUGCUUUUCUCCCUCCUCCCUGCUCAUUCCCGGCUUAGCGAGCUGAAAAACUUUGCUGCUAUGUAGCAAGCUGAGUGGGGAGGAGAGAGGGACAGAGAGCCUGCUUGCUUUAAAGGAACCAACCGGACAGGAGCCGCUUACACUUGUGUAAGCGGCUCCUCUCCUCUCCCGCUUUGCUUCUUUAAAGAAGCGGGCUCUCUGUCUCUCUCUCCUCCCCACUCAGCGGCUCUUCUCCCGCUUUGCUGUUUCAAAGCGAGCCACGGAGGAGGGAAGGAAGGAGAACCAUGGAUCCUCUGCUCACAACUGCAGCAGAUCCCCCCCGCCAUCCGUAGGCAUUCCCUCCAUAACACGCACAGACAUUUCCCCUUACUUUCUAGAAGGAAAAAAGUGAGUGUUAUGGUGCAAAAAAUACGGUAACUUUGGCCGAGGCUCUCUGUCAAGUCAAGGGCACAUUAAGCAGUAAAUUCAACUUUGUUCAUAUGCUAUGUGUAAAAUGGCUGGUGGUUGCAAUUCAUAGGAAGAGUAAAAGAGUAAAGAAUGUUUUGAUUUGCAGAGAAUCUAUGCUGCACAGUUAUUUCUGUUUUUUCACAGGGAAAAGAAAUCCAGCAUAAAACAAGUCAUUGUGGAAGAAGAUGAAAAUGAAAUAGAUAGGGAUGCCGCUAACAGCCAGCUCGUGGGGGUAAAGGAGAAGGAUUCUCCUGUCCUCAAACUCAGCGUGAUGUUCAGCCCCAAUCUGGACAGUGAAAGAGGUGGCAGCUCCAGUCCUUCCCCUUCUCCUGCUGAAUCCCGAAGAAACAGAGUGUGUAAGCAUUGUUCACAAACGGAUUCCUUCAUAACCUUUAGAGCAGCCUUCUCCAAAUUGGUGUCCUCUGGAUGUUUUGGGCUACAAGUCCCCUCAGCUCCAGCAUGCAGGGCCAACGCUCAGAGACGAUAAGAGUAGAGUCCAACACCAUCUAGCUAGGGAAGGCUGCUUCACCGUUUCUUAUAUGUAGCUGGCACAGCACAAUUUUGCUCCCAUGUCAUUUUUUUAGAGCCUUUUAUAGACCCAAGUGAACAUAAAUAUCCUAACACCUGCUGGUUAGACAUGAGCUUUAUUCUACUGUACCGACACACGUGCAAAGGUUUAUACAGCGUUAACUUAAAAUUGUGCAGUUUGCCAUCUGAAUGGCUGACACCUCAAUCAUGUUUGCACUUACUUUUGGGGACUGUUCCUCCACUGAAAUAACGAAAUCCACCCCUUCCUGGGUAUAUAACUGAAGUUGAUGAAUUGCCUCUUUCCCUUUGUCUUGUAAGGAUGGGACUGUGAGGCAGCCAUAUGCCCUUUGUCUCAUAAUGGGGUAGAAUAAAAAAAAUAAAAAAUGGGGCAGAAUAAACAAAAGUAAACUGGGAAUGAUGCUUGUUGGGCUCACAAGGAGGGAUGCUUUGUGAGCCCAACAAGCAUCAUUCCCAGUUUACUUUUGUUGGGCUCACAAGGAGGGAUGCGGAGACUUCCGGGGUGGCGCCACCGGCAAUGGCGGACUCCCUCUGAACUGGAGGGACUAGCUCCACGGAAAACGGGUCUUCUCCGCUACGGCGAAGCGGGGACCCACUUAAAAAUCACAGGCGGAUGAAGCCUGUGACCAUGGGACUCGGCGGGCACCUUUAGCGCCCCCCCAACCCGCUAAGGAACCCACUAACGGGCUCCGAAGUGAAGAGGGGGAAGUGGCGCGGUGCUGUGAAUCAACUGCUAUUUCCGUGGAGCGAAGCCGCAUAGCUGUUGCCAGAGAGCGCUGCCUUUUCCUGGGACAAUUUGGACUUUAAAAUAAGCACCCGUGAGUACUUAGACUUUGAACAAUUGGACAUCAAAUAAGGACUUGCGAGUAGGAAAGAAUCGGACUUUAAAAAUUUACUUGAAUUUGGUACGGAACGGGAAGGUCUAAACAGGAAGUCAUCCUUCCGUUCUUUUGUAAACAGAAUAAAGCAAAGGCAAUUUAAACUAGAGCUCAGGAAAUCGCUUUUAAAAGAUUGGAUUUCACCAUUUAAAAUUGUGGAACCCCCCUUCGACAGCAGGAGAAGGGGGGGAUCUUUUUGGACUGUUUAAAGUGACUUUAAAGUGAAGUAACUUUCCUCCGUCCUGAUCCUGGAGCGGGCUGUCAGGACUGACGUGUGAAGUUCAUUAACCAAAGACAAGUGUUUUUGACAGAUGGCUAAAAGAAGAGAAACCUAGUGAUUCCACUGUUCCCUUUCGCAUUUUAAAGGAUUAUAUAUGGACAAAGUAUCUUAAAAAGGAAACUUUGUUGCAAGAAUAAAUAGAAGUCUUCCCCUAGGGGGAGUCUGUGAAAUUGUAACUGUGAAACUGUAACUAACUCCAGGGAGUCGACAGCUGUUACAGAUUACAACCGUGGGAACAAGUAUCUGACCUUGUAGGACAAUGUAUUCAGAAGCCUUGUUGUAUGCUCUCUAUAAAACAAACGAUCUACUGGAACAAUUACACGAGAAGGUGAAUUGGAUGGCGACUUCGACUAGAAAUUUUGAACAGGCAGUGGGAAACUUUGAACAGACAGUGGGAAAAUAUGUGGAGCCCACUCAGGAUUUAAAUCAGGAGUGUGUCUUGACAGAACAGGAGUUUUUGACAUUAAAUCAGGAGUGUGUUUUGACAGAACAGGCCCAACAGGAAUAUGAUUUUUGGAUUUGACAAAUGAACUUGGAAAAAGCCAUAUCUGGAAAGGAAAAGUUUGGCUUGGUUUGGAAAUGGGGGGCUGGAUUGACCCCCCUAUGCUGGGAUGUUUGGACUUUUCAAAUAUGGCAACGGGCCGUGAGAUGUUUGGGACUGUGGGGGCUCUCAAUUUUGGAGGGCCUUUGAAACAUGCUUUUAAAUACUACAUGGAAUUCAUUGUUGAACAUGGAAAAGGGGCUGAUCUGUUGAGAAGGGUUAAAAACAUUGUCAAGCUGGAGUUACCACGAGCAGGAGACAAGGGAAAAUACAGUUACAAAUAUGAAGAAGAGCCGCGGAAGGGUCAUGGAAGAGACUUGAGGGCCUCGGACAUAAGGUUGCCAGGUUAAUGGGCUAGAUUGACGGGAAUAAGGACUGACAAAACCCGGAACCAGGAGGAAGGGACGCUGGAUGAAGAUUGGAUCUGUUUAUACCUCUUUUUUCUACCAUUAGAACUGUUUUAUAAAAUUGAUGAAUGAUAGAAAAACGUUGGAAUGAAAUUACUUGGCUUUAGCAAAGAUGUUUAAAGAAUUAUGAAAAGAAUAUUAUGAUUAUGAGAAGUUGGUAAGGAUAAGAUUUAAGUUUUAAGUUUUAAGGUUUAUUUUAUUAUAGAAAGAUAAGGUCAAGGAUUUGCUGGGAUAAUUAAUAACUAGGAUACAAAGAAAGGGAGGAGGAGGAGGUCUAAGAAAGAAGGUAAUGACAGUUAAGGAUUUGAAAAUAAUGAAUUUGUUUUUAAAUGUUUUUAAAGUUUUGUGAUUUUUGCAUUCUUCUUUUUUUCUGUCAUUUUUUCUCAUUUGGAAUUUUUUCGUAUAUGGUGGGAAGGGGUUGGUUUUUUUCUUCUUUUUUCUAUUUUUUCAAUUAUUUUUAUCCUUUGUACUCUCUUCUGCUUCUAUUUUAUUUUUUCUCUUUUUUGUAACAUUUUGAAAAUCUCAAUAAAUAUCUUAAAAAAAAAAACACACACAAGGAGGGAUGCUAACCCGAAAAGAAGAUGUAAAGGAAGCCGCAGCUCGUGCACCUGUGCAGCUCAGGAGCAUAUAUCUCUAUUUAGUAGGUCCCGUUUUAUCUAAAGAGCUUUCUUUCCAAGCAAGCACUGAUGGAAUUGCAGCCUCAGUAAUCAAGCAGGAGAAGGAAUAUCAGCUGCUGUAGUUUGUCAUUUCAUGAUGCUAGAGGAAGGCUUGGGAAAUGAGAAAAACUUCCAGAUUCCUUCUGCUAUGCAACUACUAAACUUAGCCUUACCUUUCAGAAGUUACUUGUAAAGAAGUUAGGAGUAAUUGGCUUUAGCAGGGGUUUGCCUGCAAAAGCUUAGCUUCCAGCCUUGCUUGUUACCUUUGGGUUGAAAUGCAAAAUAUGCUUUCUAUUUCUGAAGGUUUUUAGCAAGAGUUGAAAAUUAUUGGUUCUACCAUCCCUUUAUUUGCCUUUAUCUAACAGAUAACAUGGCAUAUUUUUGCUGUUUACACCCCUCCCACCUAGCAACCAAAGGCUAUUGAACACAAACAAAACCACUCAACUUGCUGUUUGUGAGAUCAAGUGGAAUAAAUGAGAGACAGAUGGAGGCAGGUAGAAAAACCUCUUAAUCUUAGAAGAGCCAAGAUAUCAUAGGAAUCCCUGAAUGCUGGAGCCAAAAUAAGCUGACCCCUGAGUUGUGAAGAGGAGGAGUAAGAAGGGGGAAAAGAGACUGGAGGCUAUCGAACAGAGGCCAGAAUAGCAGGCCAUCUGUAAUUAUUCCAACCUAGGAGGAGUCAAGAUGGGCUCUGGGGAAACUGGCUUGAUGCAAGAACAACAAGACAUUUGGGUGAAUUAGACUGCAGGUGAACAUCUUGAAGAAUAAGGGGUGAAUGCAUUCAUGUCAAAGCUGAAUUAUGGAGACUAGUUUACAGCCAACUUUCUUCCUAAGGGAUAAGGAAAGAGAGGGCAUUUUCAGUCAGUGUCCCAUCUGUAGAAUACCCUCACCAGGAAAGCCUGUCUGAUGCCAACUUUGAUGUAAUUCCUUCCAGUCCCCUGCAAAAUCAUUUUUAUUUGCCUGCGGCAUGCAGUCUAAACUGGGUUUGAUUUUGGCUUUAUCUGUCUGCUGAAUUCAUAUGGUUCCAUUUCAUUGCUGCUUCUGAUAUUUUAACUUGCUUUAAUUAUAUACUUUUAACAUGAUAGCAUAAGCGCCGGUUGGGCCCUCCAAUUAAAAUGUUCCUCCUCAGUACCAAAAAUAACCAUAAACAUAUAAAUUGGAUUCCAGGGAUAAAACUGAACUAGAAUCCCUUCCCCUUUGACGUCUACUUUUUUGUGCAGAGGGGAGUGUAUGUGUUUGAAGGAAAAGGAGGAGCAUUCAACCAUGCUAAAGAUUCCCCACUUGUAGCCAUCCAGCCCACACACAGGUUUAAUAUUUGGGUGAGAACCAGACCCAUCUGAUGUCCUGUCCUAGAUACUAUAGCCCCAAAGUGGAGCAGCAGCCAUAUGCAAACUGUUUCCUCUAGUAGUUGGUGAACGGAAUGUGUGGGCCGGGAGUGGCUAACCUGUGGUCUUCCAGAUGUGGUUGGAUUCCAACUCCCAUCAGCUCAAGGCAGCAUAGCCAAAGAUCAGGGAUGAUGGUAGUUGUAGUUCAGGAGCAUCUGGAGGAUCAUAGGCUCCUACACUUGAUGCAGACUGAACUUUAGAGACAGUGGUUGUCAGGGACUGGGCAGAGGAGGAAUGGUGGAGACUGCCUCCCCAGCCUGACCCUUCCAGAGAAGAAGACAGUUCAGAAUUACAACAGGGGUUUGAGGGAGAUCACAGCUCAGAGGCAGAUGAGGGGAAAAGCUGAGAAAUAAUGGGAGAGGAGGAGGAAGAAGCACCAGAGGGAGACAGCUGAUGGACACAGUGUCUUUAGAAAGCAUUCCAGAUGCCCCUUCUCCCAGAACCCGGCAGGCAUUGAAAGUAGGAGAGCAGAGAACUCAGAAGCAGAGGGCACAUCUCAGCACCUGUAGUGAUGACACAUAAUGGGAGAGAGGGAGGGGGUGGAAAAUCACUCGCAGCAACACCAUUUUCCAAGAGGCUGCAUUUCUAAGCCUCUCUCUGUGAAUACUGGAUAAAAGGCAAUGUUGGUAAGAAAAUGUCCUUGUCUUAUCCAUUCGUGGCAACCCACCGUGGGGGUUGGAUCCUCUGACACCUGACAGUGGUAUAGAAAAGAAAUGAGUGCAAAUAAAGGCUCCUCCUGGCAUCCUUUUUAUUGGGUAUUCAUGAUUUAUGCCCAUGGUAGCAUUAGGAUUUGACAGAUACCCGACCCCGUUUUAAUGCUGUUUGUGCCUGCAAACAUUUUGGGGUAGACAUACUGUUCUGUAGCCACUUCCAACUCUACAGUUCUAUGAUUUUGUUGCACUCUAGCACAAGAGUGCCUCUCCAGGUAGCAAUAAUGUGUUAGCACUGGGGAAGCAUAACAGAAUAAUGAGGAAGGGUGUGUGGAUGGGCCAGUAUAAAUCCACUACUACUGUUCUAUUGCUGCAUCAGAGACUUGUUUCAGAAUACCAGGGAAAAACUGCACCAGUCUGGCUCUAAGAGAGAUGGGCAGGUAAGUAAGAAUUCUGACCAAUAGUUAUAGGUGUAUUUUACUCCUCAAAUGGCAUGUUUGAACUGGAAACCUCCAGAUAACCAGCAAAGAUUUAUUACGGUACAGAUCCAGCAGGAGGGAUAACAAAACGCUGCUUGUGGCUCACAACAAAAACUCUUAUCUCACAUGUCUUUAAAUCACCUAUGUAUAACCAACCUGGAAAAAUGACAGUUUCUUCACUGGAGACAGCCAACAAUUUUGCAAAAGGUUUUUGCAUAUAGACAGUACUUUUGCCCCACUCUCUGUUCAAGCAGGUUUCUGAAAGAAUUCAAACCUGCUUAGAAAAGACAAGAAGUGGCCUUCCUUGCGUGAUACAUCAUACAAACCAUAGCAUUCUGUUUCCUUUGCAGGGCAACCCAUUCUCCGCAGCUGAGCCCUGACCUGAUGGAAAAUCCACGAACGCUGCUCAUGCUGCUGCGUCAGAGGGAUCUGGAAAUCAUGGCACUGAAAAAUGCUAACCGGAGAGAUCAAUCAGACCGGCUUGGCUGUAUUUUGCAGCAACUUGUGAAGUCAAGGCAAAAACUGCCACUUAGGAGGUGAGCAACAUAAAGCUUUACAAAACUGGAGUAUGUGCCUACUGAAAAGCACUUGCAAAAUUACAGGUGAAAAAGAAGGGCCGUGGCUGUCAGGUAACACCUAGGGCAAGAGCUGCUUUGCUGGAAGGGGCAGGAUUUAUUCUGUGAUGGGCAAAGGGUAUUGUGCAGAUGCGCCCAUAGGAAGCAAGGUUCAACACCUUUCGCAAAGGUAGGAUUAAAAACAUGAUUUGCAGAUUAAAGUCAUUUAUUGAAGGUUAACAUAUUGGGUGGAUUCAACCAAAUUGUUGCAUGUGCAGAACAUGGUCCACUCAUGCAAUGGAACUUUCUCCCUUCUCCCCAUCACACCCUCUAAAGUUGUUCUGGAGGGUUGGGCAAACCACCACAACGGGUUGGGGGCUAUGGAGAGGAGAUGGUGUGGAAGUUCAGUUGCGCAAGCAGACGUCAUUCCCCAUACACAUACCCACCUUCCUGCUAGUGCUACGCUCUUCCAAACUUUUAAGGAUAUAUCUCUCUAACAGAUUAUCAUAAUGUGUAGGAUUGUUAAGCUAUUUCUGUACUGGGAUUUUUUAAAUAGCUUGACACUGGCUCCAUUCUGGUGUGUUGACAGACCUGUGUGAUUCCCCACUACACCAGAGAUAAGUUGCACAUUGGUGUGCAACUGAGCUACAAAAGUCACACAGUAAUCUGGAUGCAAACCAUUUGCAACAUGAGGUGCAUGGGAGGUGCAUAUAUAAAUCCUCUAAGCGGUUUGCAAAAGGAUAAAACAAGACGUUAAAAUUAUCAGUGUAAAUGGUUAAAAACAAGCAUAUGAAAGCAUGCAAAAGAUAUAGUAAAAUCAACACUAGCUAAAAGGAGAGAAAAUGCAUGUAACUUCUACAUGUUGGAUGGCCAUUUGUCAUGGAUGCUUUAGCUGAGAUUCCUACAUUGCAUGGGGAUGACUAGAUGACCCUUGGGGUCCCUUCUAACUCUACAAUUCUAUGAUUCUAUGUCUAGAUAGACUGGAACAAAACUAUUUUAAGCAGGUGGAAUAAAGAGUACAGUGAAGGUGCCUGAUGUCCUUAGGCAGGGAGUUCCAAAGUGUAAGUGAUCCCACAUUAGAAUAGAAUAUCAAUUUCUUAAGAGUGUGGAAUGGAUAUUACAAGGCACCUGUAACAGUGCCAGUUCUGAAUUCUACUAUCUCAGUCUACUGCUUUCUUCUAUGUGUGAUGUCUCAGACUCAGAGAAUGGCUCUGAGUCAGAAUUAUGACUCAUCAGACUUAGUUCCCCAGGUGAAAUCCCUAUUUGUAAUGUAUCUUGCUACGCAGAGAACUGUCUGUGUACGAAAUUUGCAAGUCUCCUCUCCAGCAGAAAGAGUUACUCCUGUACUGAGUUUUCUUCUUGUUUUCAGGAGAGAGUGAGUGGAAGGGAGUGUUAUACUUUGCAAUCCAUCCCAUGAUUCACUGGACAAACAAUGCCAUUCUCCCUCCGCAAAGGAAGCAAGGGAAACAAAGAACCCAUUCAAACCUAGUGAUCCAGAACAUGAAUAAUCUGCAUGUGGCAAAGGGCAGCCACAAUGCCUGUUAUAAGAAUAGCCUUUUUUAAUGGUAGGAUUCCAGGACAUCUAUUGUGCUAUGAAACUCUGACUAAGGUCCCUUUUGAUCUGGCCCAUAAGAAGUAAGUCCAGCGUGGUGGUAGUAUAGAAUCACUAGUAUCUGAAAUGCUUAGCUAUUAAAGCACCCUUACCUCCAGCUUUAAAAAUGACUUGAUCUGUAAACAUGAACAGGAGAUCAUACUUCUCUCUGUGUCACGAUAAGCUUUGGUUACUGAUUUCUGCAGAUCUGGUGCAGUUGAUAGCACAGGUAAUUUUAAUUUUGUUUGGGUGCCAAUCAUAAGUCAAAUGAAAUAAAGUUAUUUUAAAAACAAAUAAUGCAACCAUUAGUAAAUGUGCAAACAGAUAUGCCACUCAGUGAAAUCAGUUAAAAACUUUAUGCUUUGCUGGGCAGAAGCAAGCAAGUUUUGUUUACCAUCGGGAUAGCUCAGUUGGUUAGAGCGUGGUGCUGAGAAUGCCAAGGUUGCAGGUUCGAUCCCCAUAAGGGACAGCUGCUCUGCAUUGCACAGCAUUGGACUAGAUGAUCCUCAGGCUCCCUUCCAAAUCUAUGAUUCUAACACGAAUGGAGUAGUCAAUUGAAGAAAACCCGCCACACCAGAAUGUUGUGGGCAUUUAAUGUCUCCGACGAGUGACAAGGAGAUUGUCAUCUAAAUGACAGAAGGAUGGAACUCAGGCAAGGGAUCUCUUCUGGGAGGUAGUUCCCAGGAUAUAGCACGACCAUUAAAGUCCUGCUCCAUGCUCUGACAGAGGACAGCUUCACUUUGUAAGCAGGAAGAACCAGGUAUGCAUAUCUACUCCUAUUCAUCUUAAUGAUUCAAGGAAGUUGUAUAGGAGAAGACGGUCCCUAAAGUAUUUUGAUAGCUAGACUGCUCUUUCUAGCCAUGAAAAGUUUAGAAUUCAUGAUAAAUAUAUUUUUUAAAAAUCUGGUUUAGGCUAUAAACGAACAAACAACCAGCAUGGGUUGUAGUUCAGUAGCAGAGCACCUGCUCUGCACACAGAAGAUUCUGGGUUCAAUCCCUGGCAACUUCAGGUAGGGUUAAGAUUAUCCCAAGUCUGAAACCCUGGAAAGCUUCUGCCAGUCAGUGCAGAGAGUACUCAGGUAGCUGCACCAAUGGUCUGACUCAAUAUAAGGCAACUUCCUUUGUUCCACAGUUUUUUUAAAAAAACAAACCAAAAGAACACCACCCCUAAAAAGUAAAAGCUCACAAAAUGGGUUGGGUGUGAGGGAGUUGUGCUGCUCAUCACCAGUCACGACAAAGGUACUAUUCAACAGCCAUCCAUGACCAUUCCACAACCACAUUCUAUAUGGCUGUUGGUAGGGGAUGCGGGUGGCGCUGUGGGUUAAACCACAGAGCCUAGGACUUGCUGAUCGGAAGGUUGGUGGUUCGAAUCCCCGCGACGGGGUGAGCUCCAUUGCUCGGUCCCUGCUCCUGCCAACCUAGCAGUUCAAAAGCACGUCAAAGUACAAGUAGAUAAAUAUGUACCACUCCAGUGGGAAGGUAAACAGCGUUUCUGUGCGCUGCUCUUUUUCGCCAGAAGCGGCUUAGUCAUGCUGGCCACAUGAUCCGGAAGCUGUACUGGCUCCCUCGGGCAGUAAAGCGAGAUGAGCGCCGCAACCCCAGAGUCGUCCGUGACUGGACCUAAUGGUCAGGGAUCCCUUUACCUUUACCUUAAGAGCACUGAAUGCACCAGCUAAGGCAAGAAUCGCAUUUCCCAGCAACAUAACUUACAUUUGAGUGCUGGCUGGGGAAUUGUGAUAAUCCACAAAACAGAAGUACUGCUGUGAAGGAAGCCCAUCAGAUUUCCCCACAGCAAAUGUGUAACAGCCCUACAUCUACUACUGCUCAAGAUAGUUUUCUGGCUUCGCUUAUCAAUACCGUUAAUCCUGCUGGUUUCCUUCUUUGCUUUUCUGAAUUUAAGUUGACGCUUGAGUUUAAGCUGUGCAGUUAAGAACUGACAGCCAAGGAAGAGUUCAUCUUGCCUUGAAGCAAUGUUCCUAUAUAAAUUGGAGGCUGCUAUCCCACAAGGCAUGACAUCAGUCCUGGAGAGGGGAUGUCAAGAGGAGGCAAGCUACAACUGGUGCAGGGAGCAACCAGAGCAAGGUUCUCAGAAGAGAAAAUGUGCUCAGACUUCAAUUUUUACCAACUUGGCAUGCUCAUCAGUAUCAGAUCAGAGAAAGGACAGGCAGGUUAUAUCAAACCUCACCUUGUUUAUGGAUCACAAGCAGCCACUCACAGCUUUGUCAAUUUCAAGCAAUUUCAUGCAAGUGCACAAUGACCUGGAACACAACCCCUGCACAAAUGGGGAGUUGCCUGUAUUUCAGUAGUACAAAUCAAAGGUUUCCCUUUAUCCUAUUAUAUAAUUCUGAUUGCCAUGGAUUAUGCUGUUGCCUUUCUCAUCACUCUUCCACACGCACACACCCAUUUAAAUGUAUUUCUAAUGCUCCACUUUGUGAAUGCAAACUGCUGUUUUUAUUUAGUUUUUAAUUAUAUCCUGCCAUAUUUAGUAGGAUCUUGAGGAUCCACGGAAAACAGUUUCACAGGGAUUUCAGUUUCAGGGCAGAAUAUCGUUUGGGUUUCUAAGAAGAGUCUCUUCAUUAAGAAGUAUAGAUCACAGAGCAUAGGAAGCUAUCAGUUUCUGAGAUAAGCUAAUGUGUAUGUUAGUGGAUUUCUUUUUCUCCAAACACAGCUGAAAAAUUGAAGCAAAGUUUUAAUUCCGCUUGUUUGCAGGAGCCCAAAGGAAGAAGGUCUUCAAGCAGAAGUUGACCAGCUGAAUGAUGAGAUGAAGACUAUCAAGAAGAACCAUGAGAAGGUGAAUGAGUAACAGACACAGUAACACUGGGUGGCCUUUUUGACAGGCCAGAUAUCACAAACACCUCCAAGUGGCAAUUUAAAGAACAAAGUAAACAAACAGCGAUAUUGAAAAAUGGACCAGAAGAUAGGCAAAUCUUGCUGGGUCAAGGAUCAUCCUGUUGAUUCCCAGGAAUCCUCCUGGAUUCUUUUUUUAAAAAAAUUACAGCUUUCAGGUGGAUGCUGACUGCACCUAGUAAUUUGCUAAUUUUUAAUUUGUUAGUAAGGCCUAUGUCUUUUCAUGUCUAUUUGAGUCAGUUCUUAAGGACUUUGCCCUGAAAACGUCAGUUCAGGAUUAGGUAUCUGUCUUAUAUUUUCUCUAGAGACGAUGGAUGUAAAUUUUAGAUUCUAUGCAAUCUCCUUACUUACCUUCAGUACACCUUUCACUCUCUUGUCAAUUUAGGGUUCAAUCUCCUCCCUGGCAUAUUUUCAUAAUUUCUCAAGGUUGAUUUUAAUAUUUCUAGCAAUGUGCUUCCCAAAUUCCUUUUUCACUUGCUUUAUUGUUAACAUACAUUUGUUUUGCCAGAGUGUGUGCUCAUUUGGGCAUAACACUUACGAUGGUUUUUUGUAUUUCACAUAUUCAUAAAAAUAAAAAUAAAGAGAAACAGAUGUUGACGAUUGUACACUUGAUCCAAAACUGCCUUUCUUCGACCUUCUAGCUCUCAUUAACAGCCAUGUGAGACCUAUUCCAGAGUCACUUAUGAAAAGGCCUUAUAUCUCCAAUGUAAACAAGUAUCAAGUGAUGCAUGUUGGAGCAAAAAAAUAUAUAAAUUUCAAGUAGAUUCUCAUGGGGUCUGAACUGGAGGUGACAGACCUUUUCUGUGAACCGCCCUGAGACCUCCAGGUAUAGGGCAGUAUAUAAAUUCAAGAAAUAAAAAUAAUUAAAUAAUUUUAAAAACUGGAUGUAUUAAGACUCUGCUUUGUACACACGGUGUGGAAAUUGGGCUGCAUUGCUAUGUUCACUUGCCUAGGUGUAAAUCCUAUAGAACUUGGUGAAACUUACUUCAGAGUAAAUAUGCAUAGCACCAGGCUGUUAAUUGCAGGCUCCUGGCCUAAUAUUUCAGCAUAUAUGCUUUGCAGUGUGAGUUCAUGAGUUUAACAUCUGAUGAAAUCCCAAGAAUCUUUAAGCAGAAAUACUACCAUUUUAUCUGUGAUCAUGCAGUAGCUGGGAAUAUUAGUGAAAUCAGUGGAACAAGAAAAGAAGCAUUAUCCUGGAAUAAACUUUAAAUGAGGCCUGUCUUUUGCUGAUUUUUCUUUUGCUGGCAGAUAAUUUGGGCCUUUGCUUUUUGAUAAGCCUCUAAUUUCCAUUAUUUCUCUUGUCCAUCAUUCCCUUUAUUUUUUUUUAUUUUUCAAAAGGAAAUAAAAGUGAUGGAAGAUAAACUUGCAAAGACAAAAAUGCAGGUUAUGUAUUUGCAAAAGGCAGCAAAACCCCCCUCAAGAAAGACGGAUGACGAAUCAGACACCGAGUCUAGCACUUCAUUGGAUGAAGGGGCCAAAUUAGCAUGCGAGUGCUUCGAGGUAGGAGCUACAAUGCAUACUCUCUGAUGCACUGUACUGCAAAUUGGUAGAAUGCAGUGUUUUUAUUUUACAUUUAAUAAUAAUUAAGUCACAGAAGUAUAAUCAUUUGGUGAUAUCCAGCUAAGUCAUACUUGAAGUAGGCUCAUUGAUUUCAUGGCUUCUACUGAUUGUGACUAACAUUGGAUAUAACCCACUGCAUAUAUUCUUGCUGCUGCUUCUGGUUUUACAAGUUGCUGAUGUAAGACAACAGUUUUUGAAAGAGACGAAGGUGGUAUGCAGAGCUGUACCUACAUGGUGCGCAUAGACAUUUCUUGUGUCCCACACAAUUAUUUAUGUUCAAACAGAUGUUUGAAGCAAGAAAUACGUAUGUAGCUCAUCAUCAGUUCCUCCAUUCCACUUCAAAUUAUUUACUGUUUCCAGCCACGGGCUGAAUUUUUAUCCAAUCCUGAACCUCAUCUACCACAUGUACCGUAUAUUUUUCUUCAGCAAGAAUGCUGCCUGUUGCCUCACUACUUUGCUGGUGUGUUCUCAGCAUAGUAAUUCUGAAAAAUGCCAGUACAUGGGGGGGGCGGGGAACGUGACGCUAGGACAGGGGUAGGCAACCUAAGUCCUGGGGGCCAGGUGUGGCCCAAUCGCCUUCUCAAUCUGGCCCGCGGAUGGUCUGGGAAUCAGCAUUUUUUUACAUGAAUAGAAUGUGUCCUUUUAUUUAAAAUAUAUCUCUGGGUUAUUUGUGGGGCCUGCCUGGUAUUUUUACAUGAGUAGAAUGUGUGCUUUUAUUUAAAAUGCAUCUCUGGGUUAUUUGUGGGGCAUAGGAAUUCAUUCAUUCCCCCCCCCCCCGAAUAUAGUCUGACCCACUACAUGGUCUGAGGGAUGGUGGACCGGCCCAUGGCUGAAAAAGGUUGCUGACACCUGCGCUAUGAGGCAUUUAUAGCAUGCAAUUGGCAUUUAUAAUGCCUAACCCUGGGGAAGAAGGGCUUUUGGAGUAAUAUUUUGAAGGCUUUUUGGUGUGUGUGUGUUUUUUAAACAGGCUCACACCGCACCAUAAAUCCCUUGUUUAAUGCAAGUGUGUGCCUCCUGUCAAUCACCAGAAGGGAGGGAGGCAAUGAGAAGCAGAGGAUUGGUGCAGUGUUGGUAUGCUAGGGGGUUGGCUAGAUGCUGGGAAAACAUUUGAGGCCAGAAACAGAAUACUAGACAUUCUUCAUGCAUCAGGAUUCAAAUGAGAUUAAACUGCAUGAGCUGCAAAUGAUAUCCCAAGGAACUGGAACAGAGCUGGAAGCCACUUGCGCUCUCUCUUUCUUUCUUUCUCUCUCUCUAUCUCUCUUUUACAGUAUUUCCUAAUGUUCCUUUCACAACAGACCUGCCUUCCUCUAUCAGCAAAUGACUGUACAGUUUAUAUGUAAACAACUGAAGAAACUGUAGAAGAGCUAAACCACUUUUAAAAAGAAAGAAAGCACAGGACAGCAGCAUCAAGACCCAAAACUAGUCAAAACCACCAUGUGACAUCAGUGGGAGCAGUGUAUUGUCAGUUUGCACUUACUGCAAAUGCCCCUCUUAAACAGCAAGCCCACGUUGCUUCAAUGGCCACCCUGGCAGGAACUCCCAUGCACCCAUUGGUUAGGGUGUUGGACUAGGACUUGCGAAAGCAGGCUUCAAAUCCCCACUCAGCCCUGGAGCUCUUGGGCCAGUCCCCAUCUCUUAGCCGAACCAAGCUCACUGGGUUGUUGUGAGGAUGAAAUGGGGAGGAGAACCACGUACACCACCUUGAGAUCCUUGUAUAUAAAGGUUGUAUAUAAAUGUAAUAAAAUAAUAAAUUGUUAUAGCUGGGAUGCCACUGAAGCUUUUCAUAUCAAGUGCACCACAAACCCACAAAAGAGAGUGCAUGCAGUGGUGGAGCUUCAUGCUCCAGCACCGGGGGGGGGGGGGCAAAGAGCAGGCGGGGGCGGUGCUGGCACACGUCCUGGGGGCUGGGCACACUGCCUGCGGGGGUGGGGCGCCCAGCACGGGCAGGGGGACAGCUGUGAUGGAACCCCACCAGGAUCACAUUGCCGGGGGCGGUGCGCUCCCCCCACACUCCUCUUCCUCCGCCAGUGAGUGCAUGCAGUCCCAUGAGAAGGGCUGAAACCAAGAAAAAUAUAGCUCCGUCUCAGCACUCUCCUCUGUGGGUUUAUUGUGAGCAUCAAUUAGAGAUCAGGGGGCAGAAGUCAUUGCCCUUCUCCCUGUCAAUGACUCGCUCUUGUUGCCCAUGGCUGCCUGGGCAAUGCUGAGCUGUAGAAAGCUCAUGUGAGAAACAGGAAAAGCUCCUGGGCCAAAGUGAAGCUUUGUCCCUCAGAGAUGUCAGUAACUCAAAGCUCAGAGGAAAGUCCAAGCAGCUCCGCAAUGGUAGCUUAACAGGAAAGGUUAGGAGAGGUGUGAGAUUGGGUCAAAGCAAUUACUUCAUUAUCUUGACAUCAUUUCAGAGAGACAGAGAGGUGUGCACAGAGCAGCCAAGUGGCUAAUGGGAGGAGAGGGAGAGGAGAAGGAGCACAUCAGGCGAGAGCAAACCCAUAUUUUACAAAUCAUGUGCCCAGGGACACCACAGGCUCUUGUGCAGAGAGCCUCCAAGCUUCUUCAGUGUGUGCUGUUCCGACAGUAAAGAAAAAGACCAGCACCCCAGCACCAUACUUCUUAAUGAGGAUGAUGAUUCCUGGAUGGAGACCUUGUAAGCCAACUUAGUAAGAGAAAUGAGUUUUAAAAGAUUCAGAAAAAGUCCAGAACUUACAUAACUGCUUACAUAAGCUGCAGCAUCAAAGCAAGGCAAGAGAAGGAGGACACCUUGAGGCUGCAGCUGAGCUGAAGGGGCAUUGAAUAAGAGCAUAAGAAGAGCCCUGCUCAAGGUUCAUCAAAUUCAGCAUCGAAUUUCAUAGGCUGGCCCGUGAGAAGCUUCUAAGCAGUCAAGAGAGCUGGACUGUGCAUGCUCACCCUGUGCAAACCCCUCAGCCUUGCAUAAUCCCUUCCCUGAUUUGGGGUAGCUCAGUCGGUAGAGCAUGAGUCUCUGAAGCUCAGGGUUGUGGGUUUGAUCCCCAUGUUGGGCAAACGAUUCCUGCAUUGCAGGGGGUUGGACUAGUUGACCCUCUACAGUUCUAUGAUUCUGUUGCUAUUCAUGCAUUUGGGACCAAGUGUGCAGAGAGGCAGUCUGCUGAAUGUGUGUUGGCAAUCUCCAUGACCCACAAACCCUCACCCUGCUGAAGGCACGUCCCUAAUUGCAUCGAUAGCAUUGGAGAGGAGCCUGCGUGGGGCAUGAGCAUGCAUAUCCCCACAUGACUAUAAUUUUUAGGUUUCUGGAGGAGGACACAUUUGAUAGGCUGUCUGGAAUCUUGAAAAGAAGUACCUCUAUCACAGCAGUCUUCUCCACCUAGUACCCUUCAAAUGUUUCAGACUACAACUCCCACUAUCCCCGGCUGUUGGCCCUGCUUGUUAGGGCUGAUGGGAAUUCCAAAGCACACAAGCUUUGUGGAUGCCUUUCAUAAGGUCAGUGCCAUGAAGACAAGAGAACCCAGAAGAGUGUGAGGGCUAGAUACUUGACUCCUCAAAACCCACAUACAGAAACACCGCCAUCUAGCACAAUACUAUAUAGUCCAUCUCAGUUGAAUGAAGCAGCCUCAGAAGCAUGCCAUCUUAGUAUAAUAAGUUAAUAAGGUUUCAUAAGUAUAACCGCCUUCAGAGGCAAAUCCUUGUUUAAUGGGUUUUCCUGAAAAAUAAAGGCUGAGGGAUUAUGACUUGUCAAAGGGCACUUGGGUUCAACCGCUGAACUGAGCUGUGAUAGGAACUCAGAUCCAAGUUCAACACUUUUAACAUAGUGACUGUAAGCCACAUUCAUUUUUACAGUUGUAGUGUCUAUACAGUGGUGCCUCGCAAGACGAAAUUAAUUCGUUCCGCAAGUCUCUUCGUCUUGCGAGUUUUUCGUCUUGCGAUGCACGGUUUCCCAUAGGAAUGCAUUGAAAAUCAAUUAAUGCGUUCCUAGGGAAACCGCCUUCAGACCAGGUCCGGGGACAGUCUGUCCCCGGACCUCUUCUGAAGGCUGGGGGUGGCAAGGGCUUUUCUUCCCACCCCCAGCAUUUUAAAACCCCGGGACAGCGGAGGACUUCUCCGCUGUCCGGGCGAUCUUAAAAUGCUGGCGGGCGGCAUUUUAAAAUCACCCCGGGACAGCGGAGGACUUCUCCGCUGUCCGGGGCAAUUUAAAGCCCCUGGGAAGGCAGGCAGGGGGACAAAGACUUUGCCCCCGCCAGCCUUCAGAAGAGGUCCUGGACCUCUUCUGAAGGCGGGCGGGCGGGAGUCUUUGCUCCCCGCCUUCAAAAGCCCUCCGGGACAGGCAGCCAGGGGUGAGCAAAGACUUUCGCCCGCCGCCCGCCUUCAGAACGUCUUCCCGCCCCCCCGCCCGGCUCGGAGCACCGUUCCGAAGCCGGGCGGCGGGGAGGUCUUCCUCCCCCCGCCCGGCGUCGGAGCACCGUUCCGAAGCCGGGCGGCGGCGGGAGGUGUUCCCUCAUCCCCCCCCCCGGCGUCGGGGCACCGAUCCGAAUCCGGGCGGCGGCGGCUGGGGUUCCCUCCCCCCGCCCGGCUCGGGCACCGUUCCGGAGCCGGGCGGCGGGGAGGUCUUCCCUCCCACCGCCCGGCUCGGAGCACCGUUCCGAAGCCGGGCGGCGGGGGGAGGUCUUCCCUCCCCCCCCCCGGCAUCGGAGCACCGUUCCGAAGCCGGGCGGCGGCGGCAGGUGUUCCCUCCCCCGCCCGGCCCGGGCACCGUUCCGAGCCGGGCGGCGGCGGCUGGUGUUCCCUCCCCCCCCGCCCGGCUUCGGAGCACCGUUCCGAAGCCGGGCGGCGGCGGCAGGUGUUCCCGCCCCCCCCCCCCCGCUUGGGAGGCGCCGUCCGCAGCCCCGCGGCGGCGGGGGGGGGGGUCCCCCCCCCCCCGCCCGGCUUCGGCGGAGGUCCGAGGACCGUGGGGAAGACGCGCUGCGCUUCCCCGCUGUCCCUGAGAUUUCCUAUGGGCUGUCGUCUUGCGAAGCAAGCCCAUAGGGAAAUUCGUUUUGCGAAGCGCCUCCAAAACGGAAAACCCUUUCGUCUAGCGGGUUUUCCGUCUUGCGAGGCGUUCGUUUUGCGGGGUACCACUGUAUAUCAAAUCAGGGAGCUGCCUUGGUUAAUAUGUUGUAAAAGGGCUAAGUAGACCAAUAGACUGGCUUUAUGGUCUCUCUCUCUCUCUCUCUCUCUCUCUGUGUGUGUGUGUGUAUGUUGUGCUUGAACAGUGUUUGAACUACUCAGGUUUUGUUAUGGCAGUGUGGCAUCCUUCAUUUUAAAAACAAAAACAGCUGCCCCACCCUGCCUGGGUUAAAACUUCUGUUAUUUCCUAUGUGCAUGCACAUUAAAGUAACUUGUCCUAGAACUAACACUCUCUCACCCACACUUAUAUCCCACUUUUCUCAAUUUGUGUCUGUAUCAGUACUAAUACCCCUCUCUCUUUCUCAGAUGAUGGCAACCCAUCUUUAAAAGUACAGUACUGUUACUGUAGACCCAAGAUUAAUUGCAAUAACUGGCCAGUAGGGGGCACUCACUGCUUGCAAAAAGUUUGAUGCCUGUUUUCCUUUUUCUUCUCUAAAGCGAACACAUCAAAGCCCCAGAUUAUGCAGAGUGCUGACAUAUGCUAUUUCACUUGUAUUUUGUUUCAAUAUAUAGCCUGCUUCAUCGCAAAUGAUCAGAAUAAAAUAUUUUUUAAAAAGGCAAAAUAUAAAGUAACUCCAGUCACAAAACAUCACCACUAAUAAGAUCCUGAGCAUUUGCCAAAAAUAUUUGAUUCUGCUCUAUGAUGGCUGUUGAGUCCCAGGCCUUACAGAUUGGUUGCAUUUAUAACUGAAUCAGUCUUUUCCCUCUGGCCAAGCUCUGCUAAGGCAUUGCCCUUGCCUUUUCUGUCGCUUAUUGUCUCCUACUACCUCCUUUGUCCCAUCCUUGCUUCCCAUGUGCCCCCUGCCCCCCAUCACUGCAGAGACGUAUGGCUUAUCCCAUUGUUCUUUUCACUCUUUUCAGUCUUAAAAGGACUAGUCUACCAGGUGGAUUGAGGAUUAGUCCUAACACCUUUAUACAAAUAUAAGGUGGAACUGGGAAUACAGUAUACAGCUUUGAUCACCCCAUCUAAAAAAAAGAAAGAAAAAGAAAAAUAUAUACCGUAUUUUUUGCUCUAUAGGAAGCACCCGACCAUAGGACGCACCUUGUUUUAGAGGGGGAGAACAAGGGGAAAAAAUUCUCCCCUUCUCUGCUCAGCGCCCCUUCAGCGAAGCGGCAGGAGAAACGGAGCCCCUUCCAUUUCUCCUCCCGCUUCGCUGAAGGGGCGCUGCGCAGCUCUCCCUCUCUGCUGAAGCCAGGAGAGUCUUGCUCUCCCGGCUUCAGCAAAAGGAACCCGAAGCCUCCGGAGCGCAGCGGGAGCUCCUGCUGCGCUCCGGAGGCUUCACGUUGCUUUCGCUGAAGCCUGGAGAGCGAGAGGGGUCGACCCCUCUCGCUCUCCAGGCUUCAGCGAAAGCAACGUGAAACCUCCGGAGUGUGGAGGGAGCGCUCCCUCUGCGCUUUGGAGGCUUCGCAUUGCUAUCGCUGAAGCCAAGGAGCCUGCAUUCGCUCCAUAGGAUGCACACACAUUUCCCCUUAAUUUUUGGAGGGGAAAAAGUGUGUCCUAUAGAGCGAAAAAUAUGGUACAUUGCAGAGCUGGAAAUGCUACAGAAUAGGGCAGCCAGAAUGAUCCGGGAACUAGACCACCUCCCCCAAAAGGAAAGUCUAAAAUGCUUGGAGCUUUUAAGAUUAGAAUACAAGGUGACUAAGAUGGGACUUAGGAAAGAAUGCACACUGUGGAGAAAGUAGAUGUUUUUUCUCUCCCUCCCACAUCAUGGUAGAGGUUUGGUCAUACAGUGAAAGAUGAAAGGAAGUACUUCAUUGCACAAUGCAUAAUUGAUUUCUGGAGGUUGCUGCCCUAAUGUGUUGUGAUGGUCACUGGCUUAGAUGCCUUUUAAAAGGGACUAGACAAAUUCAUGAAAGGCUGAUCUAUCAAUAGCUGGAAAAUGCAACAAAUAAAUUCUAACUUGAGGGAUUGGCAGGCACUAAUAGUAUCUGACUUUCCCCCCCUCUUGUGUAGCUCUGGUCAGAGACAGGAACAAAGGUAACAUCAGAAACAAGUGAUCUACGGCUUCGGAGAAUUCCAAAGCACACAAGCUUUGUGGAUGCCUUUCAUAAGGUCAGUGCCAUGAAGACAAGAGAACCCAGAAGAGUGUGAGGGCUAGAUACUUGACUCUUCAAAACCCACAUACAAAAACACUGCCAUCUAACACAAUACUAUAUAGCCCAUCUCAGUUGAAUGGAGCAGCCUUAGAAGCAACCAGUAUGAUCUUAUUAAGUGUACCAUCUUAGUAUAAUAAGUUUGCCUGCUUACAGUUUGCCUGUAAUCACACUUUGCAACUUGUUAUUGUUCAAGUUCCCUUACUCCAGUGAAAUUCAGAGGAAGAUAGACUUUUGAUUAAGUGUUAAUGGCUCUGAAAUGAGAACAGACUGAACUAUGAACCCCAAAAUUUGGGAUCUGCUCCAAACUAGUGCCAAACCUUUGCAGUUGUUUUGCAGCACUUGGUAGCAAAAAACCCAUGUUUUGCAGCAUCCCUCCAACUGAGCAAUUGCUACUCAAAGCUAGGGUCAUAGCUAUCACCCCAAAAUGCAAUUGCAGGAAGCACAUCAAGAAAUACUUCAAGCCUGGGUUCCAAUGCCAGAGUUUUGCUAUUGUUUUGCAAACUUUUUGAAGUGAAACCCUCACAUUUUGUCACACCCCCAACAGUGGGUCACUGCCUUACUCAGUGUGGGUUGGGGCCAUAAUGGACUUACUCCCGACAAGCACUGUUUCUGGGGGAGAAAUUUUGGGGUUCGUAGUAGUUAUUGGUGCUGGGACAAUAUUUCCCUAUUUUAAAAUAGGACCUGACACAAUGGAACCCACGGUCUGUGUAUGUGUGUGCGCACAAGUAAGUGUGUACACACAUACUUCCACACAAGUGUCCCUCCCCCCAAGGAGCAGGCAAUGCCUUCAAGAGGUAAUCUGGCAGUCCUACAUAAGGAAUAUACUUCUGGGCGGUCCCUUGUUUGGGCAUGGGUUUGCUUAGUGUGCUUCAUGGAGGGAACAUAGCUGUAUUUUCCUGUGUAUAAAACGCCCCCAUGUAUAAGACGAUCCCUAUUUUUUGAGCCCAAAAUUAAGAAAUAAAUAAUUGCAACAUUCUGUGUAUAAGAUGACCCCCAAUUUUAAACUUAAAAAAUUUGGAGGGAAAUAUAGUCUUAAACAUGGGAAAAUACAGUAUUGUUACCUUUCCAUAAUCGGGUGUUUAUCGGUGUCAUCACUCUUCCUGCUUUUUAGUUUGGAAGUAUUUCGCUGAGUGAAGAGGAAAAAGAUGAAAUAAUCCUGAAAUUAGAGAAGGCACACAAUGGUGCGCUGGAGGGAAGCUCACAGGAAAGGUAAUUGCAAACCACAGGCUUUGUGACAGAAAGGACCAAAAGGGGCUUGCUAGAAAAACAGCAGCCUGUCUGAGGUAAGUCGCUAUCUGAAUACACCUGAGAAUGUAGUAGAAGCAUCCAAGGCAGCCUGUGGUCCUCUGUUUAUUGCUUUACAUCCUCUCAGCAGUGCUAUAGGGCAGGGUCAAAGGAACCUUUUUCAAGCAGAAGGCUGCAUACUUUUGAACCUGGGAUAGCUCAGUCUGUAGAGCAUGAGACUCUUAAUCUCUGGGUCAUGGGUUGGAGCCCCACAUUGGGGGUUGGACUAGAUGACCCUUGAGGUACCUUCCAGCCCUACAACUCUAUGAUUCUAUGAAAAGUGAGCGGAUCAACGAUUCUAGCAAUGAGAAGGCUAGAUUCUAUACACACUCGCAUACCCCUCUCUGUCCUCCAUCCAAGAAAGAGACAGUUCACAACAUGCUGCAGCCAAAGAAAAAUAAGCAAGGAGUAUGAGAAGCAGGGUCAGUAGGGAGUAAGGCUGGGGAGGGGAUGAGGUCUGGGGAGAGUCCUGGGGGCCAUUUAGAGAGGCUUGAGGGGCACAUUCACCCACUGGGUCUGAAGUUCCCCGCCUCUGUUAUGGGGAAAUCAGUACUUCCCUAUGUAUUUCCUCUUGUGGGGGGCGGGGACAAGCAAGGAGUUGUAUGGCAUGGCAGCCACCAUGGAUUCCCACCCCCCAACCUAGUGUCCCUGCUAUGCCCCCUUUUUGAAGCUGUCAGUUUCUGUCCUCUUUAAAGUGAAUGUGGGAAGUAGAGAGAAAAGAUGCCUCUGCUCCAGCAGACAGGGCGUGUGAAAUAUCCGUGAAGUACCACCAUUGCCACCCUGCAGAAAUAGCAAAUCCAGAUUAAAUUGGGGGGGCGGGGGGCGGGAUAUAGGGUGACAUUUUUAUGAGGACAAUGUCAAGUGACUACUACAAAAAAACUUGCACGCACAAACUACCAAGUCCACAGUAAACUUCCAAGCGGAAGUGCCGUGUAAAGCAGAAAAGGCUAGCAAAAUCCCUUUCCUCAUGCAGCAGUCCUGCUAUCUUUUUGAUGAAGAUGUACUCCCCACUCCAGUGCUAGAACACAAAUUUUCCAUUAGUUCUUUUGCAAGAACAAGCAAAUAGGUUAUGCACUUUGCGCCACAGCACCCCAUUUUAUGUGGAUAUCUGAAUACAGCACUAAGAAGAAUAUGUGGGUUUGUUCGUUGAAAAUUCUGGAUUAGCCCAAAGGAAUGCAUGUCAAACUCCCCACCCCCACUUUACAGUUCACCUUCUGAACCAUCCUCGUUGGCUGUCCUCACCUCUCAGAAAUCAGACAUCUUUUCAGUGCCUGACCCCAAAAUGGUAGAAUCGUCUUCCUUCAAUACGGCACCAUCUUCUGAGAAAAUGCCCGUGGGGAAAAGUAAGUUCAAAUUCUUCCUCUUUAAAAAUAGUCCGGCAUUGGCUAGUUGAUCAAAAAGUCGUACAUGCAAUGCAUACUCACACACACACAUGUGCAAUGCACAUAGGCCCAAUGUAACCUAGGUUAAUCUCUUGGACUGUUCCACGUAUGCUAAAGCAUUGACUUUACUGACAGAGCCUCUUCAGACUUGUGGGUUGGGUUCUUCUCUAAUGUAUUCUGUAACAGUGUCAUUGCCACAAUUAUGACAGAAUGCGAGCCUCUUACACCCCUUCCUCACACAACUGCUGCCCACCUGGGGUUGGCCAGUUGUGCCUUGAUUAGCCAUUAGUCUCCUCCACCACUUCCCUAUGAGCUCACAGCCCUUUCCCCAGACAAGAAGAAAUCUGGGGAUGCUCAAUUAAAUAUUGGCUUUCCAGAACCUAGAAUAAGCCACCCUGCAUCACUUACAGUUCACUCAGAGAGUAAAGCAAACCCUACAUCUGCCAGAGAACAGAUUAACUUUUUGGUCUUUAACAACCCCGAUCCUAGACUCCUGAAGCAGGAACCCAAACAUUCUAGGCACAUGGAGAAUUACAAGAAUCAUUGAUACUGGCAAACACAUGCACCUCUGACCCCACUAACUAAAUCACAAAGCUUUAUAAAGAACAGGAGGGGAGAUGACAAAUAGACAAAGCAGUUUAAAAGAAAAGAGCACUGUGGCUCAGAGCUAUGUAGGUUGACCUAAGCAACAACAGGCUUCUCAGUCUACUCACAAGUAACAGAACAUAGAUGAUCAGUUGCAGGUCCUCCCCACCUCCCCCAUGAGCAGUAAGGGACAACAUGAACUCCUGAUGAAGGGGUGGGGGGGCAAAGGCUUGCCUUCAACAGCUCACUCUUAAGAACUCUAUACCCCACCAUUUGUUGCCAUUCAGUGACCAAUCAGCCAUGUCAUGUUUUGCAGGUAAAAAGAAAAUCUACACCUUUGGGGGAAUAAUAGAAUGCAAGGGUCAGAGGAAACUAGUUAUAGUAUAUAGUUUAACAAACUAGUGUUAGUGUAUAACUAACUAGUGUUAGUUAAUGCCAGUAUUUCCCACCACCUCAUUGAGCUUCCCCCUUUUGAGGCUAUGACUACAAUCCUAUACACACUUACUUGGGAGUAGGUCUCACUGAACUCCAUUGGGCAUACUUCUGAGUGGACAUUCAUAGGACUGCAUUGUUUAUUUCCCAUGUCCGUGGAUGACUUUCCUGCAGUAAAAUAAAACUUAUGGAUGAAUUAUCAUCACGCUAUAGGAGCACAAUCCUGCAAACAAGUAAUUAUGGAAGAAUAACAGAAUUUCCUUUCUAUGUGGUGAAAUUUCUCUGUAAGACAAAAUACGUAUUUACUCUUUAGCUAUGCUAUUCACCAGUGUUCUUACAGGAACACAAACCAAAAGCCCUAAAGCUUCCACCCUAUGCUCAUAACCCACCAAGCAUGGGGUUAGGCCUGGUCAGGCUGGCAGAGGCAACCUUCCCUUUUGCCAUGACAAAAGAAAACUAUUGCAAAGCUGGCUGGUUACUCCUUCUCUGUCCCCAUGGUCUUCUAAAGCAUAAUAAGCACUGUUUUACCUCCAAAGUUCCCUUGCCUGUCCCUGCUGACACAUAAAACCUUUUCUCAAGCCCUCCAUGGAAUUGAUACCAUGGACACCAUAUUGAGCUGCUUGAAAGCUUGCCUUCUUUUUCCUUCCCUUUCUGCUGGCCCAGCGCCACCUAGUGGUCCUUGUGUUUAUACAGCUACCUCACACCGUCUUGUCCCUCCUUCUUUCAAGACAGUUUCCUCUUCAGGCUAUGGGUCCCUAGCCUGACUUCUCCAGCCCCUUCCUUAAACUAUUUUUCUCUGGGCCUUGUGUCCUUCCCUACACUUCCUGAGGGAAUCUCUUCCUACACGAGCAUUUUCACCUGCCCUGCCAGCGGCCUUCCCUGUCCCUGCUGUCUUACAGCAGUCUGAUCCUAGACUGAACAUUUGGCCUUUCACUUGUGUCAAAGAAAGUGUACAACAAAUAAUCUUGUAGCAUCUUCAAGACUAACACGUCCAUAAUGGCAUAAGCUUUGGGGACUAAAGUCCACAAUUGUAUCUGGCUGUUAGGUUUUAAAAAAUCAAUUAUUCCCCUAUCCUCCCUGAUAACAUGGCAAGCAAAACAAACUAGCCCCUAGUCCUGGCACAUUCUUUCUGAGCAACUAAACUAUUUUAACUUUUCAUAGCACAGUGACUCAGCCAGUGGCGGAGCAGGUGUAUUGAUUGAUUAAGUGAGGUAAUUCUACUUUUCAGUUAGAUAAAUUAUCCAAUACAUACGACAUGGAGGUAACAGUUGUUGUUUUUUUAAAGCAACUCUACAAUGUUCAUAAGUUAUUAAAAAUUAGCAUUCAUGAUCCCGCCUGGUACGGACACAGGAGACUUUGGAAUUCCCUCCCUAGUUCAUGAAGCUAGACUGCUUCCCGCCUUGUUGUCCUUCCACCAGCAGGACUUUUUUGUUUCAACAGGCUUUUGGGUAUGGACUGCUUUUUAUGAAAGGGCUAGUGCGGUGUUGUUUUUAUUGUAAUUAUUUGUAUGGGUGUUUUUUUAUACAUGUUAUAUAUGUAUAUAGUUUUACUUCCAUCAAUGUUUAAUUGCUUUUUAAUGAUUGUUCUUUUCCAUGUUUUUAGCGGUUCUCAUUUUUAUAUGUAAGCAGCCUUGUGUUCCAUCAGGGGGAAAAGGCGUGUCUAAAUAAAUAAACAAAUAUUCAUAAAUACAGAUAACUUAUUUGUAUAAUGUACUUAUUUAUUAUUGGAUUUACAUCCCACCUUUCAGCCAAAGCACCCAAGGCAGUUGAUAAGUUGAAAACAUAAAGUGAUAUGUAAGAGAGAACAGAGAGACUUCUCUCAGACCCACUAAGGGUCAUUUCCGGAGCUAAUGGCCAGUGCUCUGUGGCCUGGGCUUCUCAUCUGCCUUCCCCCAGGGCACACAGGCCUUUUCUAAUGCAGCUAAUAUCACCACAAUGUAAUGUCUGACUUUCAGCUACAGUGGUUUUCCCUGGAAGUUUUCAUUAGUUUUUCAUUAGUUUUCAUUCAUAUGCCAUAUGAUUAUAUUAUGUUUCAACUUUUGAAAGCUCCUUCCCUGGAUCGUUGGAGCCUUGCACAGUCUCGUGCACUGUCAGAGGAAGAAAUGCACACUCACAUUUUGGCCUGCCCCUUCAUAGAAGAAUGCAGGAGGUGAGUACCUUCAGAGCUCAACUCUGGUGUGAGAAGCCUCUGCCUUGCAGUUUCACCGGACUUAAGGAGAGACUCCUGCAUGCUUUCUGUUACUUUCCAUUUUGAAGCAAACAUUAUUCCUUCCUCCUGGAUGGUCUGUACGCUACUCCACUGUGUGUGAGAUUCUCAGUAAAAGCUCAGUCAGUAAAAGACAGGGUGCACCCACCCAGUAGCAACCCAGUUGCCUACCUGGCUUUCCAAUUUUGAGUUCAGUGCUGGUAAAGAAGAUGGGGAGGGGUGAGGUGGCAGGGAUGUUGGCGCAGUGUGGGCACAGUGGAGGGAGUGUUUGAUGGGCUCCACCAGUGCCGGUACACCGCUGAACUCCCUGUCACCUUUUCCCUCUUAAGUUACUGGCAGCGGCCUCUGCCAUGGGAAGCCAGAUGACCAAUGCCAACCUAGGCUGCUGUGCCCUGCUGACCACUCCUGGCUAAACCUGUGUCCACCUUUUCACUGAAAGCUGCACCCAGCGGCCACCCACCCCAUCCUCUCAUAGUGCAAUAGUAGUUCUGCCUUCAAAUGAGGAGAUAAGCUUUUUCAGAGCAGGGAGCAAAGACCUUUCUUUGCAAGUUUCACUUGGCACGCUUUGGGACAACAGUGCAGAACAAGCAACCCACUUUCAGCUUUUUAGUGUUUGCUGCCCCACUUCGGAGCGCUUUUUGAGGCCCUGUAUCAUUCAUCAGUUUGCCCAUCCUUUUGUGUAGUGCUCCUUUUCUGAGACAAUGUUCUGGCCCUACCUGCUGUCCACCACUGAUCAACAUGAAGGAGGCCCUCAGCAAUGCAGGGUAGGGUCCACCCCUGAGGCACCCUCCGCCAUUCUGUCAGACAGGUGUCUGGUGGAUCCGGAGCUGCCAAAGAAUCGUAAGUUAUAAAGACCCAGAGAAGCAAAGUUGGGAAGAAGUUGGGCUUUUCACAUUAUGUGGAUAACUGUGUGCUUAAAAGCAUCAGCCAUCUAGACUUACAAGUCCACUACAGUGGUACCUCGGGAUGCGAACGGGAUCCAUUCUGGAGCCCCGUUCGCAUCCUGAACAGAACGUAAGACGCGACUGCAUGCCUGUGCAUGUGCGGGUCGCAUUUUGCCGCUUCCGUGCAUGCAUGUGAUGUCAUUUUGACCGUCUGUGCAUACGCGAGCGUCGAAACCCGGACGUAAGCGCUCCGUUACUUCCGGGUCACCGUGGAGCACAACCCGAAAAUACUUAUCCUGAAGCAUAUUUAUCCUGAGGUAUGACUGUACUAGCACCUCCAGCAUCACCUUAAACUCACAAAGCAGCAACCCACUCUGUAACCACUUUGUGUAGUGUGCAAACAUCUGCUCAACUCAUGACUACAUGCCCCCACGUGUGUGUGCACACAUGCACACACAUACACACACGAGCCAACAUUCUGCCAACGAUCCCGUCAUGUUUACCACACAAACCUCAUUGCUUAAGGAAUAGCUGUUAGAAUCACUUCACCUCAGAUGAAGUGACUUUACCAGACCACUUCCCUCUCACAUCCGCUCUAAAUCCAUGUGCUUUAAUUACCUUCUUAUGUGCCUCCCCUCCCCCCCCCCACAACUUUUUGGCUUUUAACCUCCCCAGUUGGCUUCUUAUUUUUUAUUGCUUUUACCAUCCUCCUGGAAUAUGUAAUGGAGGUGGAGCGAAUAUGAUCUCUGACAGGAUGUGCUAUUUUGCCUGUUCAUCUGUGACACAGCUUCUUGUCAGGCUUUUCUGCUCCUCCUCCACAGACCUGGUAUUCACUAGGAAAUUGCAAAUGGCCAAUCUGCAUAUGGCAAAUAUUUAAUAAUAUUGGAAGUAUAGUAAAAAUAUUUCUGUUGAAGAUAAACAUGUAUAUCUGUAGUUAACCCAAGAAACUAUAGCUGUUUAUACUCUAUACCUUAAAAGCACAUUCAAAGCACAGUCUUUUCCUCAAAGAAUUCUGGGCACUGUAGUUUACCCCUCACAGAGUUACAAUUCAAAUCCACAUGUUAACAAACAGCAGUGCCCAUAAUUCUUUGAGGAGAAAAAUGUUCUUCGAAUGUGCUUUGAAGGCAUAGAGUGUACGUAAUCUAGACUUUGUAUAGAUGUGGUCUCUCCCACCCCCACCCCCAAAUAUAGUUUACCCCAGGAUUGUCAGGGUGGUGCUCAUGGGUGCAGUUGCACAUGCAGAGGCAUUCACUGGUUCUCAGAGGCUUGCUUCCCCUGCUGAAAUUAGGCUUUUUGUUGCAGCCAAAAAAGCAUUUUGUUGCAGCCAAUAGAAAGAUUACAGAGUGUGCUUGGCCAUUGUGUGCAUGUAGUGCUCAUGACAGUUUGUCCAAUUUGCAAGUGCACCCAUGAGCAAGAAAAGGUUGGUGAUCUGAGCUUUGCCCUAAAUGAUCCUUUUCUAAUUCUACUAUGUUUCCAGACAAAUUCACAACUGUCUCAGCUGCUACUACUCUUGUAGCUUCAGACCGCCAUUUUCCUUAUACUGGAAACUAAGUGCAGUGGAACUUGGUUUUUGAACGUAAUCCAUUCUGGAAGACGUUCAACUUCCGAAAUGUUCAAAAACUGAAGCAUGCAUUUCUGGAAGCAUUUACUUAUGGAAAAUUCAAUAUGGAAGCCGUGUGGCACGUUUGACUUCUGAAAAGCGAAGCAGUUACUUUCAGGUUUUUGGCAUUCGAAAACUGAAACAACCGACUUCCAAGACGUUCAGAAACCAAACUUCCACUGUACAAAAGUUACAGAUGACUAAGUUGGUCUCUGAGAAGACUUGUUCUCUUCACAAUUGCCUGUGCUUCUCUCAGUUGACUUCUAACCCACCACCUGUCUGGAUUUUCACUUUUUGAAAUAUGGCAGCCCUAGAUACCUCCCCUCUCCCAUAUCUCUUACCUUACUUCUUUUGUCUGCCUUACACUUUAAGAACCCCAGAAGUAUUCCAUCACAGGCCCAUAAGUAGCAUAGCUCAUACCAAUUGUUUCUAAAUCAGUCACACCUAACCCAUCUUUUUUCUCCUCUUCCCACUUUCUUCCCCUAGAUGCCAUAUUGGUUCAGGACCAUUAAGGAUUGUGAGUGUACAUAAUACGGGCAAAUUUGUCCGAAUCUUCAAUACAUUAUUGAACAAGGAAAUAGAUUUAAGUGGCUACAUCAUCCAGCAGUGGGUUAAAGACUUCCCAGUGUCUAUCUAUCGUUUCCCGAAUGGCACCAUUCUGCCUGCACAGCAUCACAUCACAGUAAGCAGCAGGGACCUCUCCUGCUUCCCAAUCCUGAGUGUGAUAUAGAUAUACAAACCAUAUUUUUCCAUGUAUAAGACGCCCCCAUGUAUAAACCACCUCCUAUUUUGGGGGACUAAAUUUAAAGAAAAUGAGGGGAGAUGGCCCAAAGUUGUUGAGCUUUUUUUAGGGGGAAUUGCACUCAUGCCAUCAAAAUCACCCCAGCAAAUCCAUUGCUGGGGGUUGGCAAAGUGGGCAUCCACUCACCCCACGCCACUGAGGGUGGGAAGCUUCCUAGAGCACGGCCACCAACCAACUGGCUGGUGUGCACAGCUUCCCCUCCACGCAGCUGCGGGAAACGCUCCCUAGAGUACACACCUCCCACAGCGGCAUGGGGGGGGAAGUUGCGCGAUUGCAGCUCGCAACUCCCCCCCCCCCCAAUAUCCGUGUAAAGGACAAUCCCAGUUUUUUGACAUGAUUUUUGAGUCAAAAAACCUCGUCUAAUACAUGGAAAUUACGGUAUAUAAGAUAUUAUCUUGCUGAACAAUAAUUUCAUGCCACAGGUAGUCCAAAACAUUUUGCUUCAGACAGAUGACAUCAAUAUGAACUGAAAGUUAGCCCACUGGAUUUAAGAACUCUAAAAAGUUGUUUUUGCUAUAAAAUUUUUCUAUAUCCUAAAAAAAGUUGAGUUUGAGCAAAGAAAGAAAGAAGGAAUCAGUUGUCUCUAUCUGAAAUAUUUCUAAAUUGUACUGUGCGCUUAUGGGUACUAAAAUAUUUUUAAAAAGCAAAAUGGUUGUAUGGGAAGUGUUGCUGCUUUCCCAGAAAUGUGUAAUUCUGACCAACAAAACAGAAUGUAUUUCUACCAGCAUUACAGGGAAAUAAUAGACUAUAUAUGGGUGGAAUUUAACAUCGUGCUAACACAAUUGCUCCAUCAGCACAAGCAUUUAUGUUUGCCAGACCAGGUUUUUUUUAAAGCAGAUUUCCUGACUGCACAGGAAUUUAAUGAGCAAAGCCAAAAGGGAUUAACAAAUUAGUAGUAGUUUUCUGGACUAGUUCACUUACUGGAUCUCCUUUUCAUUCCAAAUUGUCUUUCCAAGUAGCUUUUCUCCCCAUGAGGUCUGCAAAAACAGGGCACCAGGCUACAGUUACAGAUGAAAAUGGGAGGUACUGUAGGUCAUACAUUAAUGUUGUGUCUCAUCCAUUUGCACUAUAUUUUAUAGGUGUGGGCUGCAGGGGCCAACCUUGCUCAUGAGCAAGCUUCAAACAUGCCACUAAGCAGGCAACAUUUUUUCAGAACGGGUCCAGAAUGCACGACCUGCCUCUGUGACUACCAUGGCCAGGUGAAUUGCUUUGUUUAAUAGUCUGAAAGGGAAGGGAUGUACAGUGUGUUAUAAUUUUCUGAGUUUUAAAAAUUAAAAAGGGGGAAAGGCCCAAAAGGUUGACCUUCCUAAGGUAAUGAUAGCCAACGUGGGACCCCCCCCCCAGAUGUUGUUGGGUUACAACACUAGACAUGAUGGUUGGGGUUGAUGGGAAUCGUAGUCCAACAACACCUGCAGGGCACCACAUUGGCUAUCCAUGACGUAGGGUGGCAUUGUAUCAGAGUAAACUUAAGCAUAGAUUUGUAAUAUGAAACAGUAUUUGAGUGUGGUGGAGCUCAUGAAUAUACAUGAAAUGGCUGUUAUGCACACUGUAAACAGUGAGAUGUUUAUGUGAACCCAAAGUGUGCCUUGGGGUUGGUUUCUGUUGAAUGAGGUCACCAAAGACCUAUGGCAUUUCUGUGACUUAAGGUGUUGUUUACAUGGCGAGUGAAGCUGCAAUUGGUUCCCCACAUCCAGGGAACAGUGUAUCUCUGUGUGUUUAUUUUGUGUGUCAGUUAUAGUACCCCUGCCCCAAAGAGAACAUCACAGCUUGUUUGGAGCAGAGCAUUAGUAGUUAUAAGCCAGCAGCUAAAUAUUAAUGGCCACUUCUAAAAUUUUGAAUAAAUGAAUAUAAACCUAAGUAUGUGAUCCUAGAUUGUAAUUUCUGGAUCAACAGCUGAUACACAUUUAUGGCUGCUGGGAAUGAAAGACAUGCUAAAGGACUUGCAUGCCCUGAGGGGAAAGCAGAAGAGGGAAUGUCUACCAUCCACUUCUGAAUAGAUCCUGAGAGAAUCCGUCCUUUUCUCAUGCAUUGAUAUAACAAAUUGUCAACUACCAUGGGAGCAUUGAAAAGCAGUACUGUAUUAUAUAAAUGUUGAAGUCUGGUGAAUAAGUUUAUUUUCCUUUCACUUUCAUCUUCUAAGAUUAUCUCACAAUAUAGAGGUCCUCAGCACUUCAUGGCAGCUGCAGAUGCCUAUAGCGAUAAUGUGGACCUUUCAGUGGACAAAUUUCCCCUCAGUGAAGAUGAUGAAACUUUUGAGUCCUUGCCUUCGAGGCCAGACGUAGCUUCGUCCCAACGAAUUCGUAGAACUUCAGGCAUCUUGGUAAACAAAAGGUAGAGAUUCAAUCUAGGAGUGUGCUGGUGAAAAACAGGUAGAAGGAAUGGAGUACAGUCAGUAUCAUGCAAUGGUUUGCACAUAACACUAAGCCAUGGUUUAUUAAACCAUAGCUUAGUGUUAUGCAUGACCCCUUUUGAGCCACUUAACUAUAGUUUGCUUACUGCAUACAAACCACAAGCUGAAUUCAUUAUUUGUUAUUGGCUCACAAAUCCUGGUUUAUUUUACAUGUUUGGUGUUAUAUGUGAACCUAGCACCUUUCCUUAACCAUGGCUUGUUUGACACUCCCUGUCUUCUAUAAAUUCACAAAACUAGAAAGGCAUGAGGCAAGAUUAGCUCAAAAACCAAACAAAUGUUGGAGAAACAAGUCGUGUUUUGUUUGAUUGUCUGUAAGGCAACUUGUGGUUAACUCAUGUUUUGUUAAACAAAGCAUGGUUUAAAACAAACUAUGCUUUAGUGUUAAGUGCAAAUCAUAACAUUACUAUCACACUGCUAAUAUCAAACUCAUGCCCUCUGAAGACUGUGGCUCUGAAUCUUGAGAUGCCAGCACCGAUUUUUAGAACAGUGCAGUCUUGAAAGGUUUGAUCUGCCAUUUUAAUUCAAAAUGGCAUCCAGUUGUAUCCAAAGAGACGAAAACCUGCUCCAUGAUCUCAGGAAGCAUUAUGCAAAAUUAUGACAGAGGUGUCCAAGAGGUGUCCAAAUGUGCAGUGUACAAACAACUUUCCAAAAUAUAAAGUCGAUCAGGUUGAUCACUUUCAGUGCCCAGAUGCACCAGUGUGAAGUGUUUGCAGCUGCCCUGCAGCUGUUUGAAAUAGAUAGUGUUGGUUGCAAGGAGCUGAUGCUUAUUCCGACUCUUUUAACAGGGUGAGCUUCCUCUUGGGUCAAUCUUCUUUUUUUCCUGUUCAGGUUCCAUGGACACUUUUCUUUUGAUUCUGCACAAAGUAGCAAAAUGCUGCUUAGUCGUGCCACAGGUAUCAGGACGAAAAUCAGUGAUGCAAGCAGCGAAACUUCCAGCUUAUAUUCAGUUUCCUCAAAAAGUUUGCUUCCACUCAUGGGUAUGCAAGUCAACUCUGUUUUAACUAUAUCUGUUGUUAAAUAUACGGUAAUCUGUGUACUGCUAUGUGCAUUAAGGAAGAAUUUUGUGCAAUAUUUGCCAAAAUAAAUAAAAAAUAAUUUUAGAAGCAUAGCUUAAUUCAAUGUUUUCAUAACUGGAACUAACUACACGUCACACGCAAACCGAUGGUAUGGAUCCCUGAUGCCUUCUUAAAAAAAGAAGGAAAAAUAGCUCUAGGAGGGAGUGUUUUGAGCAGAGCAUCAGCAAAGAUAGGUUGCUUGCUUAGCUCUUUCCUGUCCAUCAUUUCUCAGCUCUGUAUCACCGUCUAAGCAGUUCCCCACUCCCAUUCCCUGCUGCUUUGGAAGACAAAUGUGAAGCACAAAAAGGGUAGAUACUGAAAGAGAGAAGCAUUCCAUCUUUUUGUCCUCCCUACUCUGUUCACAAUACUUCUUCCCCCCUCCAAAGUUUUAUUCAUUUCAGAAUGGUGUUGGGCCUCCAUUCGGUGUGUGUACACAUACCAUAUAGUUAGCCCCUUAGGACAAUUCUACACUAGGGACCUAAAUACAGUGGUGCCUCGGGUUAAGAACUUAAUUCGUUCCGGAGGUCCAUUCUUAACCUGAAACUGUUCUUAACCUGAGGUACCACUUUAGCUAAUGGGGCCUCCUGCUGCCGCUGCACGAUUUCUUUUCUCAUCCUGAAGCAAAGUUCUUAACCCGAGGUACUAUUUCUGGGUUAGUCGAGUCUGUAACCUGAAGCGUCUGUAACCCGAGGUACCACUGUAUGGGUAAUAAAAAUGUUCCCCUUCCCACCUAAUAUCCUGGAAGCUGAAUGGAUGGAGGACAGAAAUCUCUCAACAUCUCACAAAACACAGCCUCAGGUUCAUUUAGUGUAGAUGCACACCAAGAAACAAUACCAAUGUGCAGUGAGCAAUCUAAUUACAGUACCUAAAUCUGUGGUCAUGGGCACAGUGGCACCCUUGAGGAUUUCCCCUGGUGCCCACAAAAUCAUUGAGCACCCUAUUCACUGCCUCCUUGACAUGACAUGACAUGGCAAAGGUGGGUAUCCCCCCCCCAAAGUACAUAGAGCUGAAGGAGGAAGUUUCAAAGAGUGACACUCUUUCCUACUUUCUCGUUCAGUGCAAUGUGUUUUUCAUGUCUCAGACUGGCAGCAGAGCAAUGAAGAGGAAGGAAAGGGGCAUGAACUGGAAGACAGCAGAGGAAAAGGAAGUGGCAGGAGGCAGAAUGAGAAAGUGAAGUGCCAUAGGGGAUGAGGGCCAGUGAAGGCUGCAGUCUGGGAAGGAGAUGGGGAGUGUCCCAAGGGCCACAUAGAGACACCCAGAGAGCCACAUUUGGCCUCUGGGUCUGAGGUUUCCUGCCCCUGCUCUGAAUGAUUUAGGUCAAGGUUACCUGAAGCACCCUUAUUUUACUGUUAGAUAUUGUUUUCUAAUUGGAAAUUGUAAACAACUUUGUGGAAGAAGUUACUCAAAAAGUAGGAUAUACAUUUUUAAAUGAACAAGUAUGGCUAUGUCUCCCUCCCCCAUCAUUUGAUGGUACCAAACACAUGAACACAUUCUCCCCACCAACAUUCCCAGUUGCUCUGUUAUUUCUGCAGUGUGUGGAAUCAUGUGCUAAGAAGUUAAAUGAGGUGUGUGGUAAGACAGGGAUAAAUUGUGAGCCCUACUUGCUAUUGUGUGAGUUCCAAAACACAUUGUGCUCAGCCAUUGCUCUGUGGGUCUAGAUAAAGGUGUUCAAUUGUUUAUGAUUCUUCUAAAGUAGGGAAGGGGUGUUUUAGACACCAUCUUCAGUUUAGAUUAAAUUGCAAAGUGCAUGUGGGGGCGAAUUUUAGUGCUAAUAAGGCACUCUGCUUUUAUUGUUCUUUGGCAGAAAAGAAUAGCAGUUCUUCAACCAGCGAGGGAGAUUUUGCUUUUCAGACAUGGCAGCCUCAAAUUAUGGAACCAGAAGCUAGAGUAAGUAUGUUCAUUAGUAACAAAUACAUGGAGAGGUUAGUGGCCUCCCCAGAGUCGUACUGUAAAUGCUGUGUAGGCACCUCUGAGCCCAAGGUUGCUGGAUAAUCAGACAUUGGAAUAAAGAAACAGGAAACAGAGGUUUCCUUCUCCAAAGCAUAGUACAAGUACAACUAGCAGAGAGUGUCCGAGGCUGUGUGGGAAUUCUAAGAAACCCAAACAUAUUGUGAUUUUUAAAUGGAUAGUAUGAUUUGUGAGUAUGGCUGCUGUGCAUGCCCCCCCACCGAUGCAGGGCUCAAUGCAUCCAAUGGUAUCCAAACAUAGACAAAAAAUACCUCUUCCACCUUAGGAAAUCCCAUCUGCAACUAUCACUAUGCCCUCUUGAUUCAAAAUUGUGUCUAGCCUCCAAACAUAGAACAGGAUGACCAUCUCCAUCUUGGAACCAAAUUGGGGGACAAUAACUUCAAGUCAUCCAAAUUGGCAUAGUUUGGACUCAUGAUGCUUAAUUGGGCAAAGUGACACCAAAUUGGGCAACAAUAUCUUCAGGGGUGUCCACAUUGGCACCGUUUGGACCCAUAACCAAAACUGAGUGAAGUCACAUCAAAGUCACAUUUUGGUCCACCAUCUUGAUUCAAAAUAGAACCCAGCAUCAAAACAUAGAUGAAGUUCGCUGCUUCCCCCCUCAGGAACUCUCAUGCUGAGUUGGCCAAUAUCUUCAGAGGCAUCCACAUUGGCACAAGUUGGCCUGUCAUGCCAAAUUUGCUAAAUAGUGAAAUGAUAUAUUCCGAGGUGUCCAAAUUGGUGCAGGUUGGACACAUCACACCAAAAACUGGACAACGACAUGCCCAAGUCACAUUUCAGUCUGCCAUCUUGAUUCAAAAUGGCAGUCGGUUGCUGUCCCCCCUUCAGCAGCCCUCAUGUAGAGUUUGAAAUAAGCAUAGUUUGGACCUGUCCCACCAAAAACUGGGCCGUCACGCUAAAGACAUGUUUCAGUCUGCCAACGUCCAAUCAAUGGCAGCCGAUGUCAAACAUUAAUGAAGACUACUACCCCCACUUUAGGAACCCUCAUGGCAAAUUUGUAAACAAUAUCUUGAGAGGCAUUGCAACGUAUAGGAAACUUUCCAAAAUAUACAGAAGAUAAAUUAGUACUAAAACAUUUUUUUGAAAUAAAGAAUAAAAAAUAAAAGAGCACUAUAGCAUGUCACACCACAAUGCUAUAAUGCUUUAAAAAUAUUUUUUUUUAAGCAUUCUGGCCAUUGGCAUUUUUGCAGCAGGGUUAAUGGCAAUGACCAGAAAGCUUUUUAUUUCUUAAUUUUAGACAGCAUUAUGGUGUUAAGCACGCUAACAUUAUUAAAAAAAAUAUAGCUGGAAAAACUUUAGCCCUAGUUAGGAGAUCAGUUAAAUAACAUAAACAGGGAGAUAAAAAGUGCCUACCGCAAAGGUUAUGGUGAAUGUAUGCAGAGUUUUGACAAGUUCACAUGCACGAUAGAUCUCUGCCCAUCUAAUACCCGCCUCUUUAAACAGACAGAAGUCGCACCAAGGGCAAGUACACCUAGUGAGACUGUGCUCUUAAUUUUUUUUUUGGGCGGGGGGGGAACAGACUUUCCACAGCCUCAGAAAUGAUGGAAGAACCAAAAAGGGAUGGUGUUGGGUAGAUUCCUCAUAAAAAGGGAGUGAAUGAAACAUAGCUUAGUAUAGACUGUGGAAUCACCCAGGGGUUCCUUUAAAUAACAGAGUUGGAGGAGCAGGGGUUAGUUUAGCUAUCUGUAUAAAAGCUCCUUUAGACCAGGAUGAUUUGAAGAAACAAUAGGCUGUAGGAGUAAAUCCAAAGCUUGUAGGUGGCAGACAGAGGGAGAAUCUAGCUCAAGGAGAAUAAGUACUUCUGUUCUGCUAACCUGCAAGGGUUGGAUGUUUUAGAAGGAACAUCUGGACCUUUUCCAAUCCCCAUCCUUUGUUUAGCUCUAAUCCAGGAUAAACUGAUAAUAUAGGCAAGUCCCAAGAGAAAGCAUGGAGAAAUAGAAGGAAGAGUACAUGGUGGCAGGGUGAAUACCUAAGUCUCAACAUUGACUCACCGGGCACUUCAGCUGGAAAGCCCUCUUUUUGUGCUAAAUUGGAAAUCUAUUUUCUUUACCUCUUGCUUGCUUAGAUACAUAUCAGUGUGUUUACUUAAAUAACAAUUUCACAGUGUGCAGCAAAUCCCAUUAACUCCGAAAAGGAUUGUAAAGAACCAGUGGUUAUUGCAUAGCGUGAGGAUAGCAGCGCUGUAAGAUGACAGCAUUUUAACUAGACCCAGGGACUGUGCUAAGGUUAAUAUGAGUAGAAUGGGCAACGGCAGAAGAACAAAGAUGCUGGCCCUUAUAAACAGCCCCUGCCCCCUAAGUGCCAGACUAUGAUUAUGGAAAAACACACAGAAAGAGCCACAGUGAAUGCUGCUCAUACAAAUGCAGUCCUGGAACUGUUUUACAUUAAAGGGCAGGAAAUAUUAUAAAAUAAGUACAUGCAUGUAUGCAUUCUGGGUUGUAGCCAACUAAGUUUUACUCAGAGUAGACACACUGAAAUUAAUGGACACAAGAAAGUCUUGCUUCUUACUUUCAAUUGGUCAACUCUGAGUAGGACUAGCAUUGGAUACAUUGGGUUCACAUCACGUGAGGGAUCAGUUGUUAUUAUUUUGUGAUUACACAAGUAAAAAGUAUCCUAGCUGAACCUGCUAUAAUUUCAAGUCUUCCUACACACCUGCCAGUUCCAAGUUAUUAAUUCAUUAGGUCAGUGUUGAUGACUGAAAUUAUGACUUGCUGUAGCAUCCAUCUGCAGCAGAGGAAGAGGUGCCUCCCAAAGUCUUGCACAUUUUCAGGCCUUGAGUAAUUUCCUUUAUUUAAAGAUGAGGCUUCCUGCUAUUACAUUCUGUCAUUUAUGUAGCCCCACAAGUCACAUUAAAACCAAUGUAAAAAAAAAUCUUGCAUGUAAUGUGCCUAUUCCAGGAACCUUGAAAAUUAGAUGAACAGAGAGGCUGUUUGGCAGACCUUAUAUUAGGAAAAAAAUGUUACUGCUAAUCCGUAGUGGAGGAAUUUAAUUGCUCUGCUUCCCUGUCUCCCCCUGCACAACCAGUUAGUAUUUUAGUAGAAUUAAGGUGGCAAUUUUUUCAAAGGCAAAUAAAUGGCAUUUAGAUUCCUAACUUCUAGUGAGUUAAGUAGAUGUUUUUGCCUCUAGCUUGUGUCUCAGGUCUGUUGUGUGACUUUGACAAAUAUGUUCCUCUUUUCUCUGCCAAAUUUGAAAAAGGAGAAAUCUUUAUCUUCCUUUGGGCAGAGGUCUUGGAUAUAUUUAAGAGUGGGAAAGGCUUUGAUACUUUCAACACUUCCACAAAAGGGCAGAUGUUAAUAGAUAUCACUGCUGCUAACACAUCAUACAUAUGGAGAAUUCAUCCUAUAAUAACAGGUUCUGGACUGUGCUUGCUGAUUUGAGUAGUAUGCUAUACUAAGGUAAAGGUAAAGGACCCCUGGGCAGUUAAGUCCAGUCAAAGGUGACUAUGGGGUACUGCGCUCACCUCACUUCAGGCCGAAGGAGCUGGCGUUUGUCCACAGACAGCUUUCCAGGUCAUGUAGCCAGCAUGACUAAACUGCUACUGGUGCAACGGAACACUGUGACAGAAGCACGGAAACGGCAUUGCGGCGGACAUGGGUGGUGCUGUGGUCUAAACUACUGAGCUUCUUGGACUUGCCAAUCAGACUUGCCCAGGUUUGAAUCCCUGAGACGGGGUGAGCUCGCAUUGUUCUGUCCCAGCUUCUGCCAACCUAGCAGUUCGAAGUACACCAGUGCAAGUAGAUAAAUGGUACCGCUGCGGCGGGAAGGGUAUGCUGUACUAAAACCACAUCCAGGUAGCAUAAGUGCUCUCUCUCUCUGUGUGUGUGACAGAUAGAGAGACAGACAGACAGGGAUAAUGAGGUGCAACACAAGGUUGCUUGAUCUGAUUCCCCCCUCCCUGUCUUGUUUGUAAAGCUCACCUUUUUCUGCUUAGAUGACACAGCAAAAGUCACAAAACAGCCAGCAAUGAAACAGUCACAACACCAAACAGAACUACGCCCAAGAUUCCUCUUUAGAGUUUCUAUGACUGUUACGUGUAAUUUAGUUUUAGUAGCAGAGUAUUGGGCUUGGAUAAAGUGUAUAAUUAUAUUUAACAAAGUACUGAAGGCAAAUGCCAGCCACACACACCUGCUUUUAAAUACUGCUAUCUUUUGGUAAUAGCAAUGUCCUUUUUUUCCCAGGAAUUCAAGACUACGCUGGAUACUACACUUCCCAUGGUGUCCCUGAUAGGACAGAGGAGUGCUCGCUCAAGAUAUGGCUUCAAGCAUAUGACUUACAUGCCCACUAUCACUGAUCUGCACCUAAGGAGGUACUGUCCUGCUAGAUGACAUGCUGAUGAAUGUCAGCAGCCAAGGUGGUUUGCAUGGCUUUAAAUACACAGGACAACUCUGCAGUUUGCCUGGCAUGUAUCUUUGUGACUUUCCCUUCCAAUUCCGAGGCAGUUCUUUGUGCCAGCUUAACUAUCUUGGAAGGCGUAAGACAAGAAGCAACACAUUAAUGGUGACGGGAAAGAGGCUUUAGGAGGCAGAGAAAAGAAUUAAAGCUACAUAUUGCUAGGAAUUUGGCAGACUCCCCAUUAUCAUAAAUUUAGCAAAGGGGUAGAAUUUACCCCUAAUUUUUUGAAGUAUGAAGGAAAGAUGCCAGGCGAGUGAAAAAACUUAUGCUGAACCAGUUCAGGAGAUUGUUGAUAGCAUCAAUGCCAUUAAGAACAGGAGAAACUGUUUUUAUGUUGUGAACCACUCUCAGGUCUAUGGAUAGAGGGCAGUAUACAAAUUUAAUAAAUAAAAUAACUAAGUACCAGUCCAUUAAGAACAAUUGAUCAUCCAGAUGGUGUCCUUUCCCCCAGCUGUGUGUUAAGUUAGCAGAAGACAAUAGCAGAGUUGAGAGGGGGAGGUUCCUAGGGUAACAGUGGGGCGUGAUGUCACCACAGGAAGAGAGGGUGUCCUUUUGCAACAGACAUUUUGGGGUUUCUGGGAAGAAGGGGCAGGAAGUGGGAAGAACAGCAGGCUGUUAGAAAGAGACAUGGGCGCUUAGGAUGCCUCUGAAUCCAAGGCUGCAUUGCUGGGAAGGACAAGUCCUUCUUGUGAUGUAAAUGCCAUGAACUCUCUUCAUCAAAACCAAGGUG